AUGCGUAUACCCAAUAAAGCCAUUUCACGGGAACGUCACCCUUCUCCCACAACUGAAGAUUUAAUUGAAAAACUAAAUGGUGCUGCACAUUUCUCAAAACUUGAUCUAAGCUCUGGGUACCAUCAACUAGAGUUGGAUGAAGCUUCGCGUGACAUAACUACAUUUGCAACUCAUGAAGGUCUCAAAAGAUAUAAACGUUUGAACUUUGGCACAAAUAGUGCUGCUGAGAUAUUUCAAAAUGUCAUUCAGACCACAUUCCAAGAUAUUGACGGUUGUAUAAACAUAAGCGACGACAUACUAGUUUUUGCCAAAACAAAACAUGAACAUGACAUGACAUUAGAAUCUGUUCUACAGCGUGCUAAUGAAAAGAAUUUAAGAUUCAACGGUGACAAAUGUGAAUUUGAUAAACCAAGCAUCACGUUUUAUGGUCAUGUUUUCUCGAAGCAGGGUAUAUCCCCAUGUCCUAAAAAAAUCGAAGCGAUCAAGUCUCUAAAACCUUCAGCGAAUGUUUCUGAACUUCGUAGCUAUUUAGGAAUGAUAACAUAUUGCGGCAGAUUUAUUCAAGAUCUUGCAACACUGACUGCCCCAUUACGUAAACUUACAAAGAAGGACAUAAAAUACGAAUGGAAAGAAUCACAACAACGUGCGUUUCAUACAUUACAAGAAAGAUUGAACGAAAAAACCACUUUAUCAUACUUUGACCCUUCAAAAGACACCAAGCUCAUUGUAGAUGCCUCUCCCACUGGCCUAGCGGCAAUAUUAAUACAAAAUACCCCCAGCCAAAAUGACGAAACUGUCGUUGCAUAUGGCAGUCGUGCUCUUACAGAAGUAGAACAAAGAUAUAGUCAGACAGAACGCGAGGCAUUGGCAAUUGUUUUUGGCUGCGAACAUUUUCGUUUAUUUCUCUGUGGAAUUCAUUUCACAAUCUAUACAGACCAUAAACCAUUAGUAUCGAUUUUUCAGAAUCCAAAUUCACAUUGCCCUGCACGACUAGAACGCUGGCGUUUACGCCUACAGUCGUACAAUUUCCAAAUUCACUAUCGCCCUGGCCACGAUAACCCAUCCGAUUACAUGUCAAGACACCCAAUGAAUACGACCUCAGUGACAUCACAAGACAGUGAAAACUCUGAAUAUUAUAUUCAGUUCAUUGCGGAAUCAACAACCCCAAAAGCAAUGACCCUUCAACAAAUCAGAGAAGCAACACAAAAUGACCCAACUUUGCAACAUGCUGCAUACAUAAUACAGCAAAACAAAUGGCAUACGUUAGACACCACAACAUUUUCCAAAGACACAGACAUUGAUAUUCGUGAACUACAAUACAAUACAAUACAAUAA